UGUGCUGUCUCAUCUUCUAAAUAAGGACCAACCAAAGUUUCAUCAGUUUGUGAGGACACGUCUGGAGUGAGAGGUUCCUUACUGAUCACAUCCACAAUGUUUACACUGAUGUGUAUAUGCGCGACUCUUGUCACAUCCCUUUAUGGGGACAGUCCCGAGACUAUCAGCUAUACGGACGUUCUUCUUACAGCCCACUCCUCACAGGAACGGACCCGGCACAAGGAUUUCUACUAUGCGACAAUAAAGGAACUGGCUCGUUCGAUAAACCCUGAUCGACUGCCACAGCUUGGUGAAUACCUUCAGGAUGAGGAUGUGCCUGUGACAAAUCUGCUUCAAGUAAACGCCGACCCAGGGAACGAGACAGAGAAGGUGCCCUCUGACCUAUGUUCGAACCACACCGGGCUAAUCCUGACCCAGGCGGCCGCUGGAGAUGACUGGGCAAUGGCCAUGUUGGACGCCGCAGCUAAGCCCGACAGCAACAUCAUGGGCGGUCAGCUGAUGUGGGUGGGGUCCUACAGAGAGUGCAUCAAAACACGGGCGAAGGUGUACCCGGGGCUCCAGAAUGAGACCGAGGCUGAGCAACUGUUUGAAGGUCAAUACUGCAUGGCCUUCCUGCCUCUCACCCCCGGGCCAGUACAGCCCCAGGCGUUCGGCGCGUCGACUCCUGGAAUCAAGAUAGGCGUCUGUUUCCCCAGCUCCUGUUCAGGCGCCGAUGUCACAGCCCUCCUCAAUGCAGCGCUGGAAACCACCAACAUCACUUUCCGGGUGGCGGCGUCCACCUGCCAGGAGAAGAAACAAGAAUACACCGACACUGCCAUCAUUGUUCUGUUGGUGCUGUCGCUGUUUGUGGCGGUGAUGCUGAUGGCCACGAUGUAUGACAUCAUGUGGGUGCAGAUGCCGAAGUGGGAGAAGGAGAAGCAAAGAUCAGCUGAGGAUGUCAAGUCUACGGUCAACAUCAAGGACGUCUCACAGUCCACAGAGCAGACGCCUUUAUUGAUGGACAAGGAUGCGGCGCGGGUGUCUCGGUCCACGGGUGUUGCGCCGCAGAUGUUGCUGUCGUUCUCCGUGUAUUCCAACACCGUCAAGUUGUUGUCCGUGACACAACCCCCCGGGUCCAUCUCCUGCAUCCACGGCAUCAGGUUCUUCAGCAUGACGUGGGUCAUACUUGGACACUCCCUGGCCUUCGCUAUGUCAGCUGCACAGAACAUGGCUGACUACUCGGCCAGGUCUACAAAACACUGGACGUUCCAAGCCAUCAGUAACGCCACCGUCUCCGUAGACUCCUUCUUCACUCUCAGCGGUCUGCUGGUGUCGUACCUCGUGCUGAAGGAGCUGUCCCGCAACAACGGCAAAAUCAACUGGUUGAUGUUCUUCUUCCACAGAUUCUGGAGGCUGACCCCCGUCUACAUGCUGGUCAUCAUGGUGUACGUCCCGCUGUUCCGCUACUGGGGGGAGGGGCCCUUCUGGCCUCAGGGGGGCAUUGAACCCACCAACUGCGAGUACUGGUGGACCAACCUCCUCUACAUCAACAACCUCGUCAACACAGACAAAAUGUGCAUGGGUUGGUCCUGGUAUCUGGCGAACGACAUGCAGUUCUACAUCCUCAGCCCCCUAAUCUUCAUGCCGUUCUUCUAUUCGUGGAAGGCGGGGACUGCCUCAGCGAUGACGUUCCUGCUGACGACGUUCAUCGCCUCCGGUGUCAUCUCCAAAGAGAACGCCUUCCCGGCCAGCAUGAUGAGCAACCCUCUGAAGACUAUGGACUUUAUGCUGAAAUACUACAUGAAACCAUACACCCGUAUAGGGCCCUACAUUGUCGGCCUGUGGGUCGGCUACCUGCUCUACAAGACUGACUGCAAGUAUAAAAUGUCCAAGACUGUCACCUUGUUAGGAUGGGCUAUAGCAUCGGCUGUCGCCCUUGCUGUGUUGUAUGGCCUUUACGACGACGCCAACGGCCACCACCUCACCGUCGACGCGGCCGCUUUCUACAACGCCGUCCACAGGACUGCUUGGGGAGCGUGUGUAGCGUGGGUGGUGUUCGCAUGUGCAACCGGGAAUGGAGGUUUCGUCAACACCCUGCUGUCCUGGCGUGCCAUCAUACCUCUCAGUCGCCUCACCUACACCGGCUACCUCGUCCACCCCAUCGUCAUGUACGUCUACUACUUCGGACGGGAACAGCUCUAUGUCUUCUCCACAGUAGAUGUGAUAUGGACCUUCUUUGGAAAUUUAGUGGCUGCAUACAUAAUAGCAUAUGUGACAUCUCUUGCAUUUGAGGCGCCGAUGAUGGGGCUUGAGAAGAUCCUGCUCAAAAGGAAGAAAUCUUAGCACAUCUCUCCAUCCUUCUCUUCACAAGAUUACAGCCAUGAAAGCAGACAAACCUAAUGCCAUCUGGACCACAAAUACAAUUUAUUUCCAAUUUCCUGACAUUAGGCGGAAUGUCUCCAUAUGUUUAUAGAGAGACAUUUAUCAAUAUUUCUAUCUGAAUGUUCUAUCUCAGCAUAUGUACAUCCUUUAAAGCUCUUGUUCGUAAUGGUGGAUAACACAAUAGACAGCAUGUUAAUUACAUUAAUGAUGAUUUCAAUACAGUAUUUGAUCUAGUGUAACUGUGAUGCACUUGGUAGGUUGACUUGUACAGUAUUUUCCUCUGUGUCAGUCGCUUCUUGCCGACAUCUGUUAUGGGGCUGUCUUACACCUUAUUUGUCUGGAAAAAUAUCUGACUGUGCAAGAAAUGUUUUGUAUUGACCUUAAUCAAAAUAAAUCCAUGAACAAAAACAAA